GUAUCACAUAGAAAUCUCAGCCGUAAAAGAUAAGAAAGGGGAUGAUCAUCUUUGUCGGUCUGAGUCUGAGCCUCUGCCCCACACUCACGAACUCAUAUGCACACUGAUAAUUGAGAAAAAACUAGGAUGAGUGAUGAAGUCUCCUCUUCAUUUCUGACUUUUGAGAGUGAGAGUGACAGCUAAAUUGACUGAAACUAGGGUUUAAUGGCGGCGAUAGGCAAAACGACGCUGGACUCGGGGUGGCUCGCCGCGAGGUCCACGGAGGUCCAUCUCAGUGGGACCCAGCUCACCACCACUCAACCUCCCUCCGUUGGCUCCACCUCCCCUUGGAUGGAGGCCGUUGUUCCCGGAACUGUUUUGGCAACCUUGGUGAAGAACAAAGUUGUACCCGAUCCGUUCUAUGGGUUGGAAAACGAGUCAAUCAUAGAUAUUGCUGAUUCCGGGAGGGAGUACUAUACAUUCUGGUUCUUUACAACCUUUCAGUGUAAGCUGUCAGGUACUCAGCACCUGGAUCUGAAUUUUCGUGCAAUCAAUUAUUCUGCAGAGGUAUAUUUAAAUGGGCACAAAAAAGUCCUGCCAAAAGGGAUGUUUCGAAGGCAUUCUCUUGAUGUCACUGAUAUAGUGCAUCCUGAUGGUCAAAACUUGCUUGCUGUUCUUGUUUACCCUCCAGAUCAUCCAGGGAGUAUUCCUCCUGAGGGUGGGCAAGGCGGUGAUCAUGAGAUCGGGAAAGAUGUAGCUACUCAGUAUGUGGAGGGUUGGGAUUGGAUGUGUCCUAUAAGGGAUAGAAACACUGGCAUAUGGGAUGAGGUGUCAAUUUCUGUAACAGGGCCAGUAAAAGUAAUUGAUCCCCACUUGGUUUCAUCAUUUUAUGACAAUUACAAGAGGGCAUAUUUGCAUGCUACAACUGAGUUGGAAAAUAAGAGCACCUGGGUUGCUGAGUGUUCAUUGAAUAUUCAAGUAACAACAGAUCUUGAAAGAAAUUUUUGUUUAGUAGAGCAUCUUCAGACUCAACAUUUGUCAAUCCCUGCUGGAUCACGGGUGCAAUAUACGUUUCCUGAGCUCUUUUUCUACAAGCCCAAUUUAUGGUGGCCAAAUGGUAUGGGAAAGCAAUCCUUGUACGAAGUUUCUAUUACUGUUGAUGUAAAGGGAUAUGGAGAGUCUGAUUUGUGGAGCCAAUUAUUUGGAUUCCGCAAAAUUGAGAGCCACAUUGAUAAUACCACUGGAGGAAGGUUGUUCAAGGUCAAUGGUCAGCCUAUUUUUAUUCGUGGUGGUAAUUGGAUAUUAUCAGAUGGCCUCCUACGACUUUCAAAGAAGCGUUACAGUACAGACAUCAAGUUUCAUGCAGAUAUGAAUUUUAACAUGAUCCGUUGUUGGGGUGGUGGACUGGCUGAGAGGCCAGAAUUUUAUCAUUACUGUGACAUUUAUGGGUUGUUGGUCUGGCAAGAAUUUUGGAUUACAGGAGAUGUCGAUGGACGAGGUGUCCCUGUAUCAAAUCCCAAUGGUCCACUGGACCAUGAUCUUUUCUUGCUAUGUGCAAGAGAUACUGUCAAGCUUCUCAGGAACCAUCCUAGUCUUGCCCUCUGGGUGGGUGGAAAUGAGCAAAUUCCACCAGAUGACAUCAAUAAAGCUCUGAAACAAGACCUCAGGCUCCAUCCACAUUUUGAAAGCUCAUUAAAUAAAGGUGGCAAGUUUGUUGAAGAUUCUCCCCCAUUGUUGAGGGAUCCAAGCCAAUAUCUUGAUGGUGCACGCAUUUACAUCCAAGGAUCCAUGUGGGAUGGGUUUGCAAAUGGAAAGGGGGACUUCACUGAUGGCCCUUACGAAAUUCAAAAUCCCGAAGACUUCUUUAAAGAUGACUUUUACAAAUAUGGGUUCAAUCCUGAAGUUGGUUCUGUAGGUAUGCCUGUUUCAGCUACCAUCAGAGCUACAAUGCCUCCAGAAGGAUGGCAGAUUCCUUUGUUUAAGAAAGUUUCCAAUUAUUAUCAAGAAGUCCCAAACCCCAUCUGGGAAUACCAUAAAUACAUCCCCUAUUCAAAACCAGGCAAGGUUCAUGACCAGAUUUUACUUUACGGGUCCCCAAAGGAUCUCAAUGAUUUUUGCUUGAAGGCUCAACUUGUUAACUACAUUCAGUAUAGAGCUCUACUGGAGGGUUGGACUUCUCGAAUGUGGACUAAAUACACUGGUGUUUUGAUUUGGAAAACACAGAAUCCUUGGACAGGUCUUAGAGGUCAGUUUUACGAUCAUCUUCUAGACCAAACAGCAGGUUUCUAUGGCUGUCGCUGUGCUGCGGAGCCAAUCCAUGUCCAGCUUAACUUGGCUACAUAUCUUUUAGAGGUUGUCAACACUACAUCAGAGGAACUAUCUGACAUCGCUAUAGAAGCCUCAGUGUGGGAUCUAGAAGGAACAUGCCCAUACUACAAAGUUCACGAAAAGCUUUUGGUGCGACCAAAAAGAACAGUGCCAAUUGCUGAGAUGAAAUAUCCAAAAUCUAAAAACCCAAAGCCAGUUUACUUUCUUCUUCUCAAACUGUAUCGCAUGUCAGACGAUCGCAUUAUAUCCAGGAACUUUUACUGGUUGCAUCUGUCUGGUGGGGAUUACAAGCUGUUAGAACCAUACAGGAAGAAAACAGUACCACUCAAGAUUAUAUCCCAGGUUUUCAUAAAGGGAACCACCAACGAAAUGCAUAUGCUUGUGGAGAACACAUCUAAGAAACCAGAGCCAAAAAGCCGAACCUAUCGAAACGAUUUUGCUACUAAACAAGGUGAUGGUGAUUUCAAUGUAGCCACGGUGCACUCUACACAUGAUGGAGCAGACAAAAAACAUGAAGCUAGUUGGUUUCAGAAAAUAUCCAGACAUUUCACAAAGGAGAGUGAUGGUUUGAGGGUUGCUGAGAUCAAUGGCAGUGACAUAGGCGUGGCUUUCUUCCUGCAUUUUUCAGUUCAUGGAUUGAAGAAUGGCCAUAAGGAAGGAGAAGACACAAGAAUUCUUCCUGUUCAUUAUUCGGACAACUAUUUUUCGCUGGUGCCGGGUGAAGCUAUGCCCAUCAAGAUCUCUUUUGAGGUCCCUCCUGGUGUCACCCCACGAGUUACUCUUGACGGAUGGAAUUACCAUGGUGUCCAUACAGUCAAUUGAUGGAGCUGGUUUAAAAACUUGUUCUGCUUUGUCUUUGCUGCUUGUAAUAGUUGAAUUAUACACAACGAAGAAGAGGAAGGGCUCGUUUGGGAGUGCUUUUGAAGCAGCGAAAAGCGCUUCUAAAUGGGCAAAAGCACUUUUGUCUUUUAAAAAUGGUGUUUGGCAAAAAUUGCAAAAGCGCUUUGGGUGAGAUCCAAAAGCACUUGGAGUGGUUUUGGAAGAAGCACUUGAGAGGUGCUUCUUCUUAAAAGCGCUGUAGGACAAAAACAAGGGAAGCACUUGGCUCCCUUUAAUGAAACUUUUAAAAUGCCAAAAAUACCCAUAUUUAAUUUUUUUAAAUGCCAAAAUACCCUCCCUUUCUUUCUUUUUCUCUCUCUUUUUCUCUUAAUGAUGACCAAAGCAAAGUCAUUUCCUUUCUUCUUGUAUUGUUCUUAUUUACGAGCUUCCCAACAGUGUUAUUCAAAAUUUUGAGGUGGUUCUUGCCAAUUCCUUUUUAAUUUCAUAUAUUACGCCCACAUGUCCACUAAACUUUUACACAUCAAAGUAUGCAGGGGACAAUUUGGUUGUUGGAACUUGGAUUUCCUUUCAUG